AAACAUCCAGCAAACAUGGAUCAGCCUGAUAUAACUUCAAUAUUCUUUACAAUCAACCUCUACAAGCGCAGCAGUCGGCUUGAAAAACACGUAGCAUGUAAAAGCAAAAGUGAAAGUGUUGCACUGACUGGGAGGGACCAUCAUUAUCUUCCUGUCAAGCGUGAGAAAGCAAUGCAAGAGACUUUCCCAACAAAUUAUCAAUCUAUUCCAGACAUGACCCAGACAGAGACGACUGUGAUGAGGAAAAAGUUCUUUGUCCAUUUGGCUGGAAAAACUAAUAAUGCUCACCAAGAGCUUGUUGAAAGCCUUAAAAGCGCUGGCCAAGUUGAAGUGUCCAUUCUUGAAGACAGUGACUACCUUCUGGUUUUCUGUCCCAUCGCUUCACGAGUUGGAACGGACAUCAGCGAGGCCUUGGAGAACAUGCCAGGUGGUAAAAAUGCAAUCCUGGUGGUGAUGCAUCACACCUUCAAUCCUAACUAUGUUGUAGCUCCAAGCAACAGACAGGUGACCAACCCGAAAGUCUUCCUCACUGUGGACUGUCUGUUCUACGAAGGCAAACUCCUGCAAAGUGACCUCAAUGAAAUAGCAUUGCAUGAAAUCAUGAAGUCUCUUGGAAUUUGCUAUUCACCGCACUCCAGCUGGGGAGCAUCCUUUGUCAAAAUGUGGAACUGUUGGACAUGGGCUGGAGUAGGUGCUGUUACGACGGUGGUAGUGGUGGUCGUUUUCACAGUCGUUAUUGUUGAAAUGAUCAAGAAGUGAGAAGAUCUAUGACGGCUGUCAUUAACAUGCAUGACAUUCUUGGUUGCAGUGUUGUCACAAAUAAUUAUUUGUGAAGGGACAAAAUAAAUAUGCCAUAUAACGAAUGUAUAAUUAUCUGCAAAAACAGAAGGAUGGUAUUAUUGCUAUUGCUAUUGUAUAGUUGUGAAGGCUAAUAGGCCUAUAUGUUUUUGGGGUUGAAGCUUUUGAUCGCUAAUAUUCUAUCUUAAGCACAAUACAGAUUAAAAUGGUGGAAGGAUACAGAUCUGCACACACAGACAUUAAGCAAGUGGCUGGAUGUGAAAAGGGCCAAAAGGAAGAGAUAAAGUGAGAAAAAUAACAUUGAAAUUCCUUUCAAACUUCUAACUCAAACUUCCAUACAAUUGGACGUGUAUUUGCAACCAGUGCUGGCAAUAAAAAAGGCACACUUAGCUUCACUUUUCACAGGCGGCUACAUCCACUUCUUUUACACAGUCUGUGAUAGCAGAGUGGUUCAAUCUUUUGCUUUAAAUGAGCGGGAAACAAAAUAAUGCUUGCUGCUGCUUUGUGCUUAUUUAAACAUCAAAUGGUGUGCCUUUGCUUCAGAAGGAAUAAAUGAAGGUCAUUAUAUCAGAUCUGUGUAUCUUGUCUCAGUGCUAAACACGUGAUGUAUUCCUAGCUAAAAAUGAAGUAAAGGUCUAAUAAGAAAAAAAAUAAAUAUCCAAGUUUCAGCACCAUC